AUCCAAGAUCGUCUGUACUGGCUUCUAAAAAGUGACGAGUCGACUAUUAGUGAUAUAUGGCUUGAUAAGGGUUCGCCUUUACUGGCUCUUUGGCAAGUGAGUAGGACCCAGUUAACUGGCCCUUUGGCAAGUGUUAGUGUUGUUACUGGCUUUUUGGAAAUUAGAACGAAGGUUUGUGAACAUUUCGGAAAUGGAAGGUUGCUACUGGAGGAGGAAUUG